GCCAUGUGCACCUGGAGGAGCUGGGGGCUCCAGGGACCCCGGCCCAGCCCCAGGGAGCAGCAAAUCCAGAGCCCCCCGAGGAGCCCGACAAUGCAGGCCUCUCAGAACUGGCUCAUCUCCGACUGGUGAACGGUCCGAGUCGCUGCGCUGGGAGAGUUGAGGUGCUUCACAACCAGCUGUGGGGAACCGUGUGUGAUGACUUCUGUGAUUUAACGGAGGCCAGAAUCGUGUGCAGGCAUCUGGGCUGUGGGACGGCGUUAUCAGCCCCACGUCAGUCUCGGUUUGGACAGGGAGCUGACCGUAUCUGGCUGGAUGAGGUUUACUGCACAGGGAGAGAAACUGCCCUCUCUGAAUGCUGGGCUCCGCCUUGGGGAGAGCAUAACUGUACCAGCAGAGAAGAUGCCGGUGUUGUGUGCUCAGGCUCCAACAUCUCAGAAGUGGCUCAGCUCCGACUGGUGAACGGUUCAAGUCACUGCACUGGGAGAGUCGAGGUGUUUUAUAACAAGAAGUGGGGAACCGUGUGUGAUGACAGCUGGGACAUAACUGAUGCUGGAGUCGUGUGCAGGCAGCUGGGCUGUGGGACGGCAUUAUCAGCCCCAGGAGGGGCUCAAUUUGGGCGAGGAUCAGACCACAUUUGGCUGGAUAAUGUCAACUGCAUAGGCACAGAAGUUGCCCUCUCCCAAUGCAGGGCUCAGCCUUGGGGAGACAAUAACUGUAACCAUGGAAAAGAUGCCGGGGUUGUGUGCUCAGAUUCAGCCAUUUCAGAGCAGAUUUCACUCCGACUGGUGAACGGUCCGAGUCGCUGCGCUGGGAGAGUCGAGGUGCUUCUCAACCAGCAGUGGGGAACCGUGUGUGAUCAUGACUGGGACAUAAUUGAUGCUGGAGUCGUGUGCAGGCAGCUGGAAUGUGGGUUGCCAUUAUCAGCCCCAGGAAGGGCUCGAUUUGGGCAAGGAUCAAGGAAUAUCUGGCUGGAUGUCAUCAAGUGCACAGGGACAGAAGCUGCCCUCUCCGAUUGCAAGGUUCGGCCUUGGGGAGACAGUGACUGUACCCACGGAGAAGAUGUUGGUGUUGUGUGCUCAGAUCAGGGUCUACUGAGGCUGCGGCUGACGAAUGGCUCAAGCCCCUGCUCCGGGCGAGUGGAGGUGCUGAUUAACGACACCUGGGGUGCCGUGUGUGACGCCGGCUGGGGCCUGCCGGAGGCGGGGGUGGUGUGCAAACAGCUGGGCUGCGGCUCGGCGCUGUCAGCCUCAGGAGUUCAGUUUGGUCAAGGGGCCAGCGACGUCUGGCUGGACAGCGUUAUGUGCUCAGGGCAGGAGUCUCUCAUCAAUGAGUGCCUACUGGGCCAGCGGGAUCCCAGGCUGUGUGGCCGUGGCUCCGAGGCCAGCGUGGUGUGUGCUGGGCAGGCCGGCCUUGGGCUACUCUGGUCUGUGCUCCUCGGCCUGGGUGCCCUUGUGGUGCUGAUCUGUGGGGCCCUGCUCUGCUGGCGGAUGCGUCAGAACAAAGCCGCUGGGAACCUCCUGGGCCACAUGCACAUGGAGGCGCUGGGGGCUCCAGGGACCCAGCCCCAGCCCCAGGGAGCGGCAAAUCCAGAGCCCCCCAGGGACCCUGACAGCAAGAUGACCCGGCUGGUGAAGGAAAACCCGGUGCUGUGA